UACAGUGCGUUCGUGUGCAAUUUUCUACCUCGGAAACUCGUGUUUCCGACAAUUCCGAGAGAACGUGAAAGGGAGUGAGCCGGUAAACAGGUGAGAGCAGGUAAAUCAGGAAGUGAACACGUCUUGAGUUUCGAACCUUCCUGUGCCCGAAACCAAACACGGAAUUCAAGGCAUUUUAUUGAAGUUUGGAAAAUGAGAAGUCAAGGAAGUCGGCUGAGUCCACCAGACUGACAUGAAAAUCCUGCUGCAUCUUUUUGUUGUUUUCAUAUUGACAGGUCUGCCGUUGGUCGCUGUUUGUCUUGAUCUAGUUCCAGUACAGAUUGACAAAACAUCAGUUCAGGUGGCGUCGGGUAACGAUGUGAUAUUCACGGUGCAGACCAUCUCUGAUCCGUCCCUAAUCACAUGGACCAGAGGUAUCACGCUGGCGUUGUGGGGGAACGGACAGCCGUUUGUACCAGUCUCCGAGUACCAGGGCAGAAUCUCUGUCACCGCCACUCAGCUUAAAAUCGCCAACAGUCAGCUCCGUGAUUCUGGAAACUACACUGUCUCAGUGGAACCCUCUCCUGGCACGGGACUCGGCAUCGGCACACGCUCCGUGCAGCUCAAGGUGUUUGAUGCUGUAAAUGGAGUAAGUUUGUCUAUGCCCGGGGUGCCUCUGGAAGGCAGAAACGUGACGUUGCGGUGCAGCUGGUCCGCGGGCACAGAUGCCACUGUGGUUUGGGGUAAAGAAGGAGUCGCUCUGUCCUCUGACACCCGCAUCAACAUCAGUGCUGGAUCUCUGGUCAUCAACCCAGCCAGGAGAGAUGAUGCAGGAGAAUACACAUGCACCGUCAGCAAUCCUGUCAGCGCCCGCACAACCAAAGCCAACCUCAGUGUGUACUAUGGUCCAGACGCCCCGCAGCUGACAAAGACAUCCUCAGAAUGUGUCGGUGGAGGAGAUGCCACGGUGGGCCAGACCUUCCGUCUCACCUGCACAUCUGCAUCUCUACCUCCAGGGUCAUUCUCAUGGGAACUCAACGGUCAGCCUGUGACCGCCGGUCAGUCGGGCAGUGGCGUGCUGAGUCUUCAGAUCUUCUCCACCAAUCAGAGCGGCCGUUACGUCUGCACAGCGCGGAACGACAUCACAGGGGUGGAAUCGAAGCAGCAGAUGGACGUGGUCAUUGUGGGCACCUGUCUCAGUGUGGGGGCCGUCGCAGGGAUCGUUGUUGCCUGUUUUGUCGCACUCAUCAUAAUUAUCAUUGUCAUUAUUCUGCUUCUGCGACAGAGAAAGGUUGAUAAAAGAAUCAAAGACGCGGUUGAACUUCAGAAAACAAACCAGAGGAACGGCCACUUGGUUACUGCUCCUCCCCAGAAUGCCAACAUUACUUACAGAUCUCCUGUCAAUGAAAACGUUGAUCCAGCAUUACACAACUUGCGCACACAGAACCAACAGAACAUAACCACUCUUCCAAUAAACGUUGACGGUAACAUCCACACGACGACACAAUACAACCCACUCCAGCAUAAUGGACAGCUGAGCACCAAUGUGUUCCAACACAAUGGCCAUCUUAACACCAAUUCAAAUCCAAACAACGUCCAUCCGAACAACAGGUCAUUCACAGGGCCGGGCCAACACAAUCCCAACAUCCUGAUUCAAACGAGUAACCCUCAACCCGGUGCACCUGUUCCUACAGUACAUGUAAACCUCAACACUGUGCCAAAUACUGACCAACACAACAGGGCUUUGCCUCACACAGUGCAUGUCAAUCUGAACACGUACCCUCCAGAAGCAAGCCAGCCGAGUCACGCUGAUCAGAGGGAAAGCAUGCGACCGCCUCAAAAUGCUAACGGCAACCAGAUGAUUUCUUCUCAGAGUUUGGAGAAUCCGAACGGAUCUCAUCGACCCAGUGAACUCAUUCAGACCAGCUACUCGCACGCAAGAAACAGAGGCAACGCCAACCGUCGUCCUGACGACUCAAGAUCAUCAACAGAAGAGCAACCUCAACGUUCUUUACCUGAACAGAUGCCAUGGGACCUGUUUCAGGGAACACCAGCUUACCCCAACCACCGAGAACACAGCUCGUAUAGUAGUGGAGCCUCCGAGCGCCGGCCUAGAUCCCGUGAUGCACGAAGGGAUCGAACUGCUCAGGUUCACAGAGCGACGGAACAUGCGGUUGGGUCAAAUCAGGAUGUUUUUGCCACCCAUGGAAGAGACCUCCAGAGAUCAGUUGCUCAAAGCGUGGAACCGAACCACUCUCGUACUGACCCAAAUAUACACACACAACCACAAGCCCAGUCUCAAAACCAAACCGCUCCGAGACAGGCAGUGGCGUGGUCCCAAAUCCCUCAGGGUCAGACUGUCCCGCAAACACAUCUGCCUCAAGCAACCACCGUACCUUUCCUCACCAAAACACAUCAAACCCAUCCACAGACCCAAACCGGUGCCAGACCGGAUCACACGUCCGUUCAUCUUACCCAGGAAGCCCUCCGGCUGCACACCGUCCAGACGGAUAAUCCGUUCACCAACCCAAUCCAGCAGACUCAAGCCGUCCUGCAGAAUGCCGGAGCUCCUUCUCAACCCACCCAACAGCGCAACAAAUCAGGUCAGAGAGCACCCACUCCACCUCCGGUGCUGCAGCCGGCCCAGUUCCAGACGCUUCCACAGGAACGCGUGCAGCAGAUGCGCAACCUCCAGCCCGCGCAUGUGAUCAGUCAGCCCUUUCUCGCAGCGCAUAGACACAGAUCUCCUGACACGCACAGGCGUGCUCAAAUGUGGCACACGAGCCCUCAACGAGUGCCGUGGAUUCAACCCGUGCAUGGACAACCACCGCAUGUCAGACAGGUCCACCGAGGGAGACCCAGACGCUGAGAGCACACAAAAGUCAACACUGUUUGCACUGCAGAAAAAGAAGUUUCCUUACAAAAGUGUCUGUUGGGAUGAAACGCAUGUUCUGCCUUUCCUCCGGUCGUGCCUUUAUUCUGCUGCACAAAACGUUUUGUUUUUCCGAGAGCACAUUAUUGAUAAGACUGAUCUCUCUGUCUAACACCGCCGUGUCACGUACCCACGGAGAAAUCUCAUCCAUCAGAACAAUUCUGCACGGCAGCGUUUCUUGCACUCGGCCGUCUGAAAUGUGAAAACAAUGAUGUGUUUUUCCUCAGACAGGAAAGCGUGGCCGAGCUGAGCUACAAAAUGAUAAAUAAUGGACUGACAGUCCGCGUUUAUUCAGUUCUCUGCUCACAGAUGCUUCGUGUAACGCUGCUCAAUUAGAGCGAUUCACUACGGUGCGUUUGUGGAUGGAUUGUGCAUCUGAGUAUGAAGGAGACCCACCUUAUGGACGUGUGAUUCAUUAAGCUCUUUUAUAUUGUACGUUAAUGAUGUGGAAACCGCUAAUGACUUAAGUAAAAUAUGUUGUUGACAGGC